AUGGAAAAGUUUUGAAAAACUGCUGUAAUCUAUUUACGGAACCAUUGAAAUCGAUGGAAGAUCUGGGCGUUUUCAUAGCUAACAUUGACACCGAAGAAGCGGAGCAAAUCUAUGAUGUCCAACUUAUUUUAUACAAAUUAAUGUGCCUGCCUUACAAUAAUCAAUUUGUAUUUUUACCGAUUAUUCACAGCAAGGACCUAUAAGAUGAGUUACCACGGGCUGAAGUCUUUUAGCGUGAAAUCGGUUGUGGAAAAUUACGAAAACGAAAAUUCUUGUUCAUGCAAAAUCGCCAAUCUAGAAAAAAAGUUGACGAAAUGCAACAACAUAUAGAGAAAUUGACGAAACAAGUUGACACCACAAAUGAGCUAUUGCGAAAAUUAACCACCGUGCAGUCAACAAAUAAUGCUCUCAUAAAUGCAAUGAGUUGCAGGCGCAAAUCUACCAAUAAAUUUCCAUUAAAAACGGAUGAAGCAUUAAAAGAUCUUGACACAGAAUUGGAAGGAAACAAGGAAAAAUAUAUGCCUAUAAUACAAGACCUGCUAGGUCACAAUGCAAUUGAAAAGUCACUGCAUAAAAUUAUAGCAGUUGAAUUGUUGCUGGAAUACAAUUACUUUGGUGUGAAGGGUAAAAAAUCUUUGAAGGAAUUUACGCACUUUAAUGCGUUACUAUUUGAAUGUGUGAAAGUUGAAGGCUUCACCGAAUCGGAGUAUAUUCACCAAAUUCAAAAAAGUAUCAAGCUCGCCAAAGGCCGUUUCUUCAAGUCUCGUUGCUUGGAAAAAAAACGAAAAGAGACUCAGUCACAAAAUUAAAAGAAAACCAUAAUGGCUAAAUGAGUAGCGACCAACAUCUCCGCUUUGGCAGCAUCCCGGUUCUUUCCGCCAGUUACCCGACUGUAUACAUACAUGUAUGUAUAUUUAACGUUUUCAACCUUUGAUCAUUUUAUAUAUACACUAGCUGACCCCGCAGCCGUUGUCCUGCGCGAAAUUAUGUGUUUUGAAAUGAAAAGACAAAAAUUCAUAUUUUAUUGAUAAUCAUUUAUUUGCUAUUUGUCUAUAUUUUUCUUCAAUGUAACGCAGCUUGAUAAACAAAAUUUUUUGGUUUCUGUUCCGGUGCGUAAAUGUACAGAGAAGAUGGUUUUUCCAACUCU